CUCGCUCGCCUCCUCGUCGGGCUCCGACAAGGAAGACAAUGGAAAGCCCCCGUCCUCCGCCCCGUCCCGGCCCAGACCCCCGCGGAGGAAGCGGAGGGAGUCCACCUCGGCCGAAGAGGACAUCAUUGAUGGAUUUGCCAUGACCAGCUUUGUCACUUUUGAAGCGCUGGAGAAAGAUGUAGCACUUAAGCCUCAGGAACGUGUGGAGAAACGUCAGACUCCCCUGACCAAGAAGAAACGAGAAGCACUUACCAACGGUUUGUCCUUUCAUUCAAAGAAGAGCAGACUCAGCCACCCACACCACUAUAGUUCCGAUCGAGAAAAUGACCGCAACCUCUGCCAGCACCUUGGGAAGAGAAAGAAGAUGCCUAAGGGACUCAGACAGCUCAAACCAGGACAGAACAGCUGCAGGGACAGCGACAGCGAGAGUGGCAGCGGGGACUCCAAGGGCUUCCACCGGAGCAGCUCCCGGGAGAGGCUCAGCGACAGCUCGGCUCCUUCCAGCUUGGGGACAGGCUACUUCUGUGACAGUGACAGCGACCAGGAAGAGAAGGCAUCGGAUGCUAGCUCCGAGAAACUCUUCAACACUGUUCUUGUAAACAAAGACCCCGAGCUGGGAGUUGGCACACUGCCCGAGCGUGGCGGCCAGGAUGCUGGGCCCAUUGUCCCGAAGAUAUCAGGCCUAGAGAGGAGCCAGGAGAAGAGCCAGGACUGCUGCAAAGAGCCGGUCUUCGAGGCCCCGGUGCUCAAAGACUCCUGUCCUCCGGUCCCGCCAGCCCGGCCCCAGCCCCCGGCCGAGCCCUCGCUCCGGCCACCAUCGCGGGACCCCAACGUGCAGCGCCCCGAGGCCACGCCCCAGCCUCCUCCUCCUGCCUCACAGCCUCCACAGGGACCCCCGGAGGCCCAACUGCAGCCGGCCCCGCAGCCUCAGGUGCCCCGGCCCCCAAGGCCCCCAUCCCCUGCCCAGCUGCCACACCACAGCCUCCCAGUGGUGCCGGCCCACCCAGCCCAGAGCCUGGCCCAGCCGCUGUCCGCCUACACCAGCAGCAGCCUGAGUGUCAAUAGUUUAAGCAGCAGCAGGAGCAGCACUCCGGCGAAGACCCAGCCCGCCCCUCCGCACCUCUCCCACCACCCUCCUGCCUCCCCCUUCCCACUGUCCCUGCCGAACCACAGCCCCCUGCACAGCUUCACGCCCACCCUCCAGCCCCCCACACACCCGCAUCACCCCAAUAUGUUUGCCCCACCCACGGCUUUGCCUCCUCCACCGCCGCUGACGUCAGGGAGCCUGCCGGUGCCCGGACACGCAGCCGGGGGCACCUACUCAGAGCAAGACAUCCUGCGGCAGGAACUGAACACACGCUUCCUGGCGUCGCAGAGUGCUGACCGUGGUGCUUCCCUGGGCCCCCCGCCCUACCUGCGGACCGAGUUCCACCAGCACCAGCACCAGCACCAGCACACCCACCAGCACACGCACCAGCACACGUUCACGCCGUUCCCCCACGCCAUCCCGCCCACCGCCAUCAUGCCCACGCCAGCACCUCCCAUGUUUGACAAAUACCCCACCAAGGUUGACCCCUUCUACCGGCACAGUCUCUUCCAUUCGUACCCACCCGCAGUGUCCGGCAUCCCCCCCAUGGUCACGCCCGCUGGCCCCUUCGGCUCCCUGCAGGGAGCCUUCCAGCCCAAGACAUCCAACCCCAUCGACGUGGCAGCCCGGCCUGGGACCGUCCCACACACCUUGCUCCAGAAAGACCCAAGACUGACAGAUCCUUUCAGACCCAUGCUGAGGAAACCCGGGAAGUGGUGCGCCAUGCACGUGCACAUCGCCUGGCAGAUUUACCAUCACCAGCAGAAAGUGAAGAAACAGAUGCAGUCAGACCCACACAAGCUGGAUUUCGGCCUAAAGCCUGAGUUCCUGAGCCGCCCGCCCGGCCCCAGUCUCUUUGGAGCCAUCCACCAUCCCCACGACCUGGCACGGCCUUCUACUUUAUUCUCUGCCGCUGGUGCUGCACAUCCGGCCGGGACCCCGUUCGGACCGCCCCCCCAUCACGGCAACUUCCUUAACCCUGCCGCUCAUCUGGAGCCCUUCAACCGCCCAUCCACGUUCACCGGCCUGGCCGCAGUCGGGGGCAACGCCUUCGGAGGACUCGGGAACCCCUCUGUCACUCCCAACUCAGUGUUCGGCCACAAGGAUGGCCCCAGUGUGCCGAGCUUUAGCCCUCAUGAGCCCUGGAACCGGCUGCAGCGGACGCCCGCGUCGUUCCCGACCCCUCCGCCCUGGCUGAAGCCAGGGGAGCUGGAGCGCAGCGCGUCUGCUGCAGCUCAUGACAGAGAUAGAGACAUAGAUAAACGAGACUCAUCUGUUAGUAAGGAUGACAAAGAAAGGUAUGGAAAGAAACGGUCCUCCAGCCCUGUGGGGGAGCCCCACCUUGCCAAGCCGAGCCGGCAGAGCCAGCAGGGCCGGCUGCCCACCCUCCGGUCCCAGCCCCGGGCUUCAGCCGCCCACUGUCAUCCCAGCCCCUCCCCCGACUGGCCCCAGGGUCCACACCCUGUGCACGGCGCCCUGGGUGUCUGGCCACACACACUGAGUCAGGACCACAGCCUCCAAGUAGCAGGGACCCUCAGGACACUAGAGUCCCCCAGGCUAGAGUCCAGGAGCCCUUCCUAG